UGCAUAUGGCUACAUGUACUGCACGUGUACGUGUACAUGCUCACACUACAGCGCUUUAGUACUUCUCUCGAUCCCUCUCGAUCAACGCAGCAUUGUAUGGUAUGGAUACAAACAGUGAAAAUCCCAUUACUUUGGAAUGACAGUCUAUUAUGGAUGUGCUAUUCUUGCUUUUGUCUUGUGUAAUUCUUCCAUUAUGCAGCAAGCCGUUUUCAGCAGGACAAUCUAUUGAGGGAUCGCUGCGACUCGUCGAUGGCCUUACAUCCAACGAGGGGCGUGUAGAAAUCUACAAGAAUGGUGAAUGGGGAACAAUAUGUGACGAUAGUUGGGAUAUAUCGGACGCCAAAGUGGUGUGUCGUCAGUUGGGUUAUCCGGGAGCGGAGUUGGCCUUCACAAGGUCGCUGUUUCACGGAGGAGUCGGCAGGAUCUGGAUGAGGCAGGUACAGUGCAGUGGCACAGAGAAGUUGCUCUCGGAAUGUUCCUUUAAUGAUUAUGACAUAUGUGACCAUUCAGAGGAUGCAGGAGUAAGGUGCCUGGUUGAUGCUGAACCGGCUGAGGGAGACCUGCGAUUGAUGGGAGGCAAUGCAACUAAUCAAGGACGCCUUGAGGUUUUCUACCAUGCCGAAUGGGGCACGGUGUGUGGCAAGAAAUGGGGACUAGCAGAAACCAAAGCAGCCUGCAGACAGCUUGGAUUUAAAGGAGGAGCUUCCUUCAGCACUGGAACUGCAUUUGGAGAUGGAAAUGGCCGAGGUUGGCUGGAUCCUGUCGUGUGCAAAGGCAACGAGAAUCGCCUGGAGGAAUGUUCCCGAAGUGAAUGGGUUUCAUCUCAAUGCAGCAAUGAUAAGAAUAUCGGCGUAGUGUGUCAACAUACAGAAGAUGGAGAUUCGCGCCUCGCGGACGGGAGCAGCCAAGCCCAUGGGCGAGUGGAGGUGUACUACCAGGGUAUCUGGGGCACUGUUUGCAACAGCAGAUGGACCAAGGAUGAAGCUGACGUAGUGUGCAUGGGCUUGGGGUAUGACGAUGCAGCCAGAACCAGCGUCCGCAACGUCCCUGGUGGAAGCGGGAUGAUCCUGCUGGAUGAUGUGAACUGCAUCGGCUUGGAGCGAUCACUGCGAUCUUGCCGCUCUCGAGGAUGGGGAGUUCAUGACAACUGCACUCACGAUAAUGACAUCGCUAUUAAAUGCAGAAACAAGGGACCUCUGUCCUGGAUACAAAUAACUGGCAUAGUUCUCGGUUGUCUAAGCGUCCUUGUAGCUGUUUGUAAAUGUUGUCUUAGGUGUCUCUCAGACGGAAGCUCAAAUGCCACAACUGUUGUGGGAUCGAGGCCGGAAGGAACAACGCAAGACGGAGAAGAACCUGAUGCCAGUGAACCACUGAAUCAAAAGUCGGAUGUAGAUGGAGUAGAGGUGUCUCCGCCAUCUUACGAUGAUAUUGGACAGUUUCCGACAAAACCAAAAGGAGAUACAUUUGUGUGAAGAUAUUACACAACUGUAGCUUACCAUUGUGAAACCAGGGUCCCUUUCAAACCUGAAAUUAUGAUAACAUUAUCUCCGACAGAAAAAAGCCUCGACAGCUGAUUUAAAAACAGUUUACAGCUUAUAGUAACCUAGACAUACUCUCCGCAUGAUAUCGCACUGCUCCAAACUGGAACAGUCCAUUCGCUAAGGCAGGGUUCGUGCCGAAUUGCAAAAUUUUAAGUUGAUGUAGCAUGACAUCGCCUCCGUGAAACAGGUCCCAGUUGCAAAAUGGGUUUCAUUAGCACAUGUUUUCGCUUAGCAGGCAGACCUUAAUUUGGAUGAUAGAGUAUUACUGAUGAAGAAAUUAUAAGGACAUUGUCACUACAACAGUUUUCGAACUGUCAAGGCAGCCGCUUGUGGGACAAAUGAAUUUGGAGUGCGUCGCUGAUUUUACACGACACUCAGCAAGCCAGUUGUUACUACUCUAGCUUUUCCACUUUGCUACGAACAGCGUAUUCUACACCCCCUCCCGAGUUUGUGAUUACAGUCUGUCCUCUUGUAGGUGAACGACUGUGAUCUAAGAACCUUGUUCAACAUUGAACAACAUGCCGUCUCAGACCAAGAACUCAUCAAUGGGAAGACUCUUACCCUGUUUAGAACUUGCCGGAAAAUAUAUAUAUUUAUUUUUUUUGUUCCAAGAAGUAGACACUCUUAAAUUUCAAUAAGUUAUGAGUUAUUUAGACUGAGAGAUAGCAUUGUCAAAUCCGAAUUGAAUAACUUCUUCCGUUUGAUGUAUACACAGCGGCUGACAUUUUUUUUUACUGGGAUGAAUAAAAACAAUAACAAGAAA